AUGACCAACCUGUCCGUGCCUAUCGAGGAUCCCAUCAGAACGAUCCAAAUUCUCAACUGGGCUAGAUGGGGCGCUGCUCAGAAAGGGGAGCACUCUGGAGCGCCCAUCGCCGGCCGUGAAGACACUAACAGCAGCUGCACGGAUAUACCGGUGUCGAUUGGGUCUUUGCCCUCUGCGGAAAGGCGACGACAGCCGCGGUGUCGCAUUGGAGCGAGCCUGACGAAUAAGCAUGCCAUGUCUAAAUGGGCGACGUUCAACGAACGUUGGGUGGACGGGUUGCAGCCCGCGCCAUUGAUCUAUUGUACAAAAAGGCAACGUCCAGGCCGUGGCGCCAAUUGCGACAAGACUGCUACGACAUGUGUCUCUCCACCGGGCCCGAAACUUGAGUGUUUAGAAGCACAGCGAGGCCAGGUACGGGGAAAGGGUCUCGGAAAGCAAGACAACAUCUCAUCAUCGGCACUCCUUACUGUCAGGCACAGGACUACGGGAGCCACUGGGGGCUUACGGGCUGGAGAGGCAUCUGACACUAGUCAUGAUACCGGUGACCUGUUCGCUCCAAUUCUCUCUGUAAAGUUGCCUUGGGUCUAUGAGUCCAUGAUCGCUGCUACGUGCUUGACGGGAUGGAGAUAUGAGACUCCCGAAGUGAAGCCAGCCGUUGGGCAUCCGAUAAUACGAAAUACCGAGAGCGGGAAAGUCCCUUCCCGAGCUCUUUCCCCCCCAUCCGUGACAUCAUCCCUUCUCGCUACCGCCGUAGGUACUGCAAACCUCGUGUCUCCGCCAGUGCCCGGACGUGGCCCCAACUCUCGAUCCCCAAUCAAACCAAUUGGGACCAACUUGCUAGGCGCUCCCAACUUCUUGCCCGUUCUUGCCUGUUCCUGUCAUCAGGUCCCACCCGGUCUCGAAGCCACUCCCCAGUCCAGAAAUGGGAAUGCGUGCAACUUGCAAGUCGCCAGUGCGAGCAAUGUCUGCACUAAGCAGGGUUCUGGGAGCAAUUUCUCUGUUUCCUACCGCUGCAUCUCUUACCACUCAUUCUUUCUCGUCCCAUUCAUGAUUCCCCCAUUGGCACUGACAUUCACCAUUCACCAUUCACCGCUCGCCUUAUCGCUCCGGCCUCCGGUACCUGACGGGCGUCCUCUCCCGCGUGAACCUCCCCUCCCAAUUCUGCGCAAUCCAUUCACAAACCAAGAGGGGUCACCAGGUACCAUACCUGUCUUGGCUUUUCCACUGCCAGGUUCAGCCCAGUCGUCACACCCUGUCAGUCGAUCUUCGCAUAAGAUGCAAAUCUUCCCUACCGGGAGAUAUCCCAUCUCGCACAUCAUUGACAACGCAUCUAGCUCGCCCCGAAUUCUGACUCUUCGCUAUCCCCAUCUCGGCAUCUUUCCCACCUCAAAUGCAACAGAGUUUUCGUCAUUCUCUGACUACUCUUUUGUCUUCUUGUUCCUCAUUCUCGUGCGUUUCCCGGCCCGGGCGCAACUGCCAGCUCACACCCGUUGGAAGUUUGAUGGGACUCUCAUCUGUCCGUUUCAAUGCACAAACGCAAACGUUCGCAGCGGACCACAACCCGCGCGCCGCUGCAUCGCACUACUGUACUCCGUACGGCUGCGUUCCUCUCCAUCAUUUCCCUCUCAUAGACUGUCACUCUCAUUCUGGUACCCCCGGAGCGUGUAUCCCUACCUGCUCGAUAUUAAUAGCGCUGCUUUUGAUAUACCCGCUCAAAGUGCCGGCCGUUCUCCCAUUCUCAUUCCCAUUUCAUCUCUGAUUCAUCCAUUCUCCGUACCAGAGGAGAGGACCACCACCGCAUAUGCCAACCUACGGCCUGCGACCUGCCUGCUCUACCUUACCUUAUCAUCUCCAAGCAAACUUGUCUUUCCAACCCCAGCUUCAUCCCCCAUGAAAAUCAAGGCAGCCGAGGAAAGCUUUGGGCGCAUUUCAGCUCACGCGCACUGUCGCCGUCCGUCCGUUUACCGAUCCCACGUUGAGUCUGUGAUCCUCAGCACCCUAGAAAGAAGCAUUGACGACCAAAAGUUGGCCGACUCUAGAUGCCCAAUUGCCGCCAGCAAUGCCUUCAUUCCGGUCUUCCCAACAAUGGACAACGCAUUUGCCAUCUCAUUUGCUUUUUUCAACAUGGCCCAUCCCUGGUUUGGAAAACGGGGCCCCCGUCCCAUUCACGAAAAAGCAAGCAUGAAGCAUAGGCCAACGUCCGAUCUCCGGCCCAUCAUCCAGGACAUUUCAGGCCAUUCAUCGCAUUCUAAUUCCUCCCUCACAUUCAAGCCGUGUCGUAAGACGCAGAAAUAUCCCAUCCCGCUUCCUUCGAGAGCAUUCGGCGUUCUUUUACAAAGCGCCACCCCGGAGCCCAAUCGGCCCUCACAAACUGUAACACACAGACUCGGAGGACCGAGACACACGAUCUUCCCGAGUCUCAACAGCACACCAAGUCUGCCCGUUUUCACCCCUAAUCCUUCCAUGGUCGGUAGCUCUAAACCGGGGUUCAUCUUGUAUUCCACCUCACGAGCACCUCAUCCCCUGGGUCCGGGGCCCAACGAGAAAGAUAUCCCCAAAGGCCAGAAACUCUGCAGAGCACGUCGCUCUCUCUCUCCCGAGUCCCCGGCAUGUCCUGCAAAAGACUCUACCUCCGACGACCGACGUGGACUCACCAUCUCGCCUUUACAGCUGGUGAGCUGCUCGCUCUGCCACGGGGCGAAAGUGACUUGCAGAUCCCAAGAAACGUCCAACCCUCAAAUGUGGAUCCACCCCCUCCUUCUUCAUGUCGUUCCUGUCCCAAGCUUCCUAGCCGAGUGCAACCGUAUUUCAACCUUGAACGUUGAACUAGCCCUCGCGCCUACAUUAGUCUCUACAACUAGGAACCCGAUCCAAAAAGCAGCCCGCUCCCGAGAAAUCCGGGUCAGAGAGAGGGGGCACCUUGGUGAUCUUGUAAAGCGAGAUAUCGCAGCUUACGCCACCUUGGCCACCCUCGUUCCCCCCCCAUUCAGCGCCGCAUCAGGAACUAUCAGACGAAAGGACCUGAAUAGGAGACCUAACUGCAGGAUCGUGGUAUUUACAUUGAUUGCUACAUGGCUCCCUUUCACCAUUCUAGUAGAUCUUCACAUUGUCCUGCCCGUCAUGGGCCGAAAGAUGCGUGACCUUGACUUAGCUCAAGCUCCAGAAAUCCCCAUCAAGGGUUUCUCGAAGAAGAAGAAAAAAAACGCAAGACAUACCAGAACCCUCUCUUGGCUCCCUCAUCCUCAUAGCCUUACUCUACCUGCCAACAUGACUCCAGACUUGCCAUCCACCCUCCUCACCUCGAAGAUCAACUACAACAGGAGGUAUACCCCCAAGCCAAAAACUCAAAACCUAUUCGACUCAGACACGGCACAAACACCUUCACACCACCACAAUGACGCCAUCACCGCCCGCACCGGCCUGACCUUGCGCUUCUCUCCCUGCGUAGACUGA